AUGACGGCUACACUUUACAACAACCUGCCGACUCUCGAUGACGCGGAAAAACGCUUCAUUGACCGUGAACCAGUCUUCACUGCCGUUGGAAGCCUCCUUGCUCAAUACGGCAACCUUUACGGCCUCUGUCUCGUCCACGCACACUGCACCUUAACUGACAAGGAGACAAUGCUCAGCAGAGGAAACAUAUCCCAGCCGGAAAUUCUCACUCUGCUCGACAAUUACUAUCCUGAGCGCUGGCUGGCUUCGGGAGUGCCUUACGAGUUUACUACUCGGCCCACCGUGCCACCGCCGGCUGCUCUUGUUGACGAGUUCAACCGGCUUACUGCUGAUAUUGGGGUUCUGGGCCUCUACCACAUUGGUGACGAAAUCAACGGCAAGAAGAUUGAAUAUACCGAGGGACGCAAAAAUAUCCUGUUGCCCUUUUCUGAUACAGACGUGUCACAAGCAGCAAAUUACACGGAGACAGCGUGGAAUUUGGGUAAGGGAGAUCCUGUCACCAUGGCUUGCAUGAUUGUGUGCGACUCACGAAACACCAGAGAUGGAUCAGUACACAAAGUCCCGUAA